AUGAAAGUACCUAAAAUGCUGCUUGACUAUACGCUUCGGCUGGGUAUUCCCAUCGCGCUUUGCUACAUCUACUGGAAUCCAAAAUCCGAUGAGGAGAUUCGUCGUGACGUAGAGUCCCGUAUCAAACCAGAUGUGGAAGCUAGAAAGAAGAAACAAGCGAAAUUUGCAGAGUUAUUACUACAGAAAGAUGUCAUUUCUGAAGAAUCCAAACAGCAGCUGGAUCAAGUCACAGCUUUCACAAAGACAAAAGAGCAGUAUCUAGCUACCAAGAAGAAAGAACAAUAA